GGUUGGCUGGCUGAAGACAGACAGAAGAUCGCCGGGGUCUCCGUCUGCUUACGUUCCCCUCCCUUUUUGCGAAGACCUGUUUUUGAAGUCGCGGCCAUGUCUCCAAAGAGGAGGAAGCUCGGGCCCAUCACAUCUGCGUCUGACAGCUUGGAGGGAGGCCAAAAACCGGACCACGCUGGCACGAAGGCCUUCCCUGCAAGGAAGAAGUCCAAAUCUCUGGAUGAUGCUCCAACCCAGAGCUUGGCCGAGACGGUGAAGGAAGGCCGUUUGAGUGCGGGAGCCUCCGUCGCAGACUUCCCAUACAACAAGAAACGUGUCCGGUUGAUCUCUCCGGCUCCCGAUCUGAAGGAGGGCGCUCGGGGGAUCUUGUACUGGAUGUCUCGCGAUCAGAGGGUUCAAGAUAACUGGGCUUUCCUUUACGCCCAGCGCCUGGCCUUGAAACAGCGCCUGCCAUUGCACGUCUGCUUCUGCCUGGUGCCCAAAUUCCUGGAUGCCACCAUCCGCCACUUCGGUUUUAUGCUCAGAGGCCUGGAGGAAGUCGCCGAGGAGUGUCGGCUGCUCGACAUCCCUUUCCACUUGCUGGUCGGUUUCGCAAAAGACACGCUGCCCCUCUUUGUGACCCAACAUGGCAUCGGCGGGGUAGUGACGGAUUUCUCCCCGCUGCGUGUUCCCUUGCAGUGGGUUCUAGACAUCCAGGAACGGCUGCCCAGCGAUGUGCCCCUUGCUCAGGUGGACGCGCACAAUAUUGUCCCAUGCUGGGUUGCCUCGAACAAGCAGGAAUAUGGGGCAAGGACGAUUCGGCGGAAGAUCCAUGACCGACUGGCUGAGUUUCUGACCGAAUUUCCACCUGUUGUCAAGCACCCUUUCCCUGCUGGGCUUCAGACCAAGCCCAUCAACUGGGAGGCCUGCUACUCCAGCUUGCAGGUGGAUCGCUCCGUGAAGGAGGUGGAGUGGGCCACGCCCGGAUCGGCCUCUGGCUUCAAGGUGCUGGAAGAGUUUGUGAAGGACAGGCUGAAGUGCUUCAGCUCGGACCGAAAUGACCCCAACCGGCCAGCCCUCAGCAACCUCUCACCCUGGUUCCACUUUGGUCAGGUGGCUGUGCAACGAGCCAUUUUGGAGGUGCGCAAACAUCGCGCCAGGUACAAAGAGUCUGUGGAAGGUUUCAUCGAGGAGGCUGUGGUGCGUCGGGAAUUAGCGGACAACUUCUGUUUCUACAACCCCAACUACGACAAGGUUGAAGGUGCUUACGACUGGGCCAAGACCACACUGAAGCUCCAUGCCCAGGACAAGAGGCCUUACCUGUACACCCUGGAGCAAUUAGAAGAAGGGAAGACGCACGACCCCCUGUGGAACGCUGCACAGCUCCAGAUGGUUCACGAAGGGAAGAUGCAUGGCUUCCUGCGGAUGUAUUGGGCCAAGAAGAUUUUGGAGUGGACCAGAUCACCGGAGGAGGCCCUGCAGUUUAGCAUCUACCUGAAUGACCGCUACGAAUUGGACGGCAGAGACCCCAAUGGUUACGUAGGCUGCAUGUGGUCCAUCUGUGGGAUCCACGAUCAAGGGUGGGCUGAAAGGGCCGUCUUUGGCAAGAUCCGCUACAUGAAUUAUGCCGGUUGCAAGAGGAAGUUUGAUGUCGCCCAGUUCGAGCGCAAAUACAGUCCUCGACGCUUCACUCAGUAACCUCGGCGGAAGGGCACAGUCGAAGCUGCGGGGACGUGUGUUUCUCCCCUUCUAAAUGACAAGAAUAAUAAAGACACUCAUUGUUGCGCAACAAAAGCAAGCUUGAUCUACUCAUUGAGACACCAGGCUAGAAACCAGGCGAGGGCAAGUUCUAGU